AGUAGAGGCGCAUGAAGAACAGUACUACGAUUGCGCACACACAAUGGCGCAUCAGAUAUCGCUGACUUCGGGUCUAAAUCUGCAUCCAGAUUCAACAACGCUGACCUGUCCUUACACCUUCCUAGUAGCCAUUACACCAAUUUCAUCGACCGUCAUGAGCUACUGGGCACCUUCAAGUCCCUCACGCUCAUUUGUACGCCUACAAACGCAGCUUACGGCUUCUCAAAUCCGACUCAUACAACCCCACAAAGACUUCGGUGAGGUGCGCCUUCCAGUCAACGAACUUACUCUCGCAAACUUCCUCCGCAGCCAGAUCGAACUCGAGGCUUCAUCGCAAGGCGCGCCGAUGGUAUCGAAGCUUGUCGCCCGAUUGCAAGACGCAAAGGCUGGCGAUAAUGAGGACAGUGACGGUGGCGAUAGCGCUUUGGUUCACAUCUUGAGCUUCACAGUACUCGGUGAUGAAAGUGGGGAGCUAGUCCCGAAAGGUCGCAUGUUACUGUGGAAGUGGUCUAAACCUCAUAGUCAGUACCGGAAGGCAGGCUUCUGGAGUUGUAGCUUGACAGAGGUCUUGGUCGAUGCCGAGUGGAAUACUGGUAAAGAUGUUGCGAUAUAUGUGAAGGCUGUUGAAGAGGAGGAGUAUGAGAGGGUGUUGAAAGGCGAGAAGAAGACUUAAGCGGAGUUCACUUGAGCUGAGACUGGGGAGCGUAAGGCGUCUUGAUGUGAGACGUCUGGAUGUUAAGACAGGAGAAGGGAGUGACCGUGCUUUCUCGAAACAGCUCAUUCUGGGAAGGCGCUAUGCUUGAAAGGUGUUAGGCUCACAACGUGUCGAAGGAACGUUCCUGCCGUCACU